AUGAAACUACCACCACCACCAGAGCUCAAGACUACUAUCAUCCAACUCAAUAAGGACUUGGAUUCAGAAGAGUCUAAUUCUGGGUAUGAGAUCUUGACAAAUGAGUAUAAUGCCGAAACUGCUGGUAUUGCCUCAAAGAUGUCAACUGAUACAGAAUCCGCACCCACUUCACCAAACUUGGAAGCAACUGCGGGCAAGAAGAAAAGAAGAAGAUCGACUGCUAAUAUCAAUUCAGAAGAAUUGGCUAAACGUAAACACGAAACAAAGCAAUUACACUCAAUUAUUGAAAAAAGAAGAAGAAUAAAAAUAAAUAGAGAGUUUGAAGCUCUAAAAUACUUGAUUCCUGCUUGCCGCAACUGGACCAAUAACAAUAACAAUAACAGUAACUCAAAUUCAAACUCAAACUCGAAUGAGAGUGGUUCUUCUCUGGUUUUAUUAAAGGGCAGAAAAGGUAAUAAUAAUGGCAAUAGCAAUAACAAGAACAGCACUGCUAGUAGUAGUGGUGGUGGGAGCAAUAAUGGAGGCAAGAUUGAUGGAAUGUACAAGUUGACUAUACUAAAGAGUUCGGUGGAAUAUAUCUUGUAUUUGCACCAUAUCAUACAGAAGCAGCAUGAACUAUUGUCGAAUCAUGCAGGCAUUGGUUCGCGUAUAGAUGAAGAUGUGCUGAGUUUUGAUAUAGACUUUGCCAAGAUACCUUUAAACGUAAAUCAAUAUAGAAAUAUUGAUAUUGAUUUUAGUUUUAGAGAUCUCAUGGCUGAAAUACAGAACCUGGGGGAACUUGAAAGGGACAACAAUUGCGUGACAAAAUUCAAGAAGAGGAAAACUCACAAAAUUGUUGAGGAAGAAGAAAAGGGAAUCAAAAUCAAAGACACAAUAGAGAAUGAGCAGCAACAUGAAAAGAAGAAAAAUACUCAAGUGCAAGGAAAAUAUUUUGGUGAAGAUGAAGGACAAGGCGGAGAAGAAGAGAAGCAAAAAGACAACGAUGGUGAACACGAUAAUAACGAUGAAGCUGAUGUUACAAGCAACGAGAAAGAAGGUAAAGUAUUAGAUCAUGAUAAAAAAUACAAACAGAUUUUCAAAUCUCCUAUUAACAAGUCCUUGAAGGAAAACAAUUCACACUUUGCCUCUAUAAAGUCUAAUCCACAUCCUUCAUCAAGUCGUAAGCAGCUGCUACCCACCCCCGAGUUUACUCCUGAUAUUCCACCUGAAUUUUCAAUAUUUAAAAACUAUACAGGAUCAAGCGGCAUCAGUAAUAUUGGCUCUGAUAGUGGGAACAAUGGUGGGAAUAAUUGUAAUAAUGAUAGUAAAGGUAGGUGGCGUGAGAGAGUCAACUCAAACCCUAUCAGUCCGCACACUUCCAUUUUAAAGUCUACUCAUCCAUCACCAUUUUCUGCUCCAUUGAGAUCUACCAGCUCAAACCAAUCUUCUCCGUUGAACUUUGGAUUCUCCAAUGUCAAUACCAGUAACCUGCUUUCUGCCUCACUUGGUGGUAGAUUUACGCUACCUGACCCCGCAGUUAACCCAUCGCUGAAUUUAAGUGAGGUACCCCGUGGUAACGAGAUAUUCAGGAAUAUGCCGCUACGCAAACAAAGUCUGCACUCAAUGGAAAAUCAAGAAGACGAGGAGACAAAAGAGAGGCAGACAAACGACGAAACAGAACCACAAGCAGAUGCUGAGAACAAUAACAAAUUUGGUGAACAGUAUGCUUCUAAAACAUUACUUUCAUUGAAAAGAUCAAGUAUCGACCACUUAUUAAAUUGA